AUGAUUCCGGUAAUUAUUGGCGUUGCCGAUAUCAAAAAUCGGUCAAUUGCAGUUGACGAUGCAAAAGAGCCGGCAACUCUAAUGCUUGAGGCGAUUGGCUCUGCCAUUCAAGAUGCCACUACCUCACGGGAAUUUGCGGAGGCCAUGCGAUCUAGUAUCGAUAGUAUCGACGUCGUUCGCACUUGGACUUGGCCCUAUGCGGAUCUGCCGGGACUCCUUUCGGAAAAACUUGGAGUUCAAACGAAGCAUCGCGGCUACAGUGAACACGGCGGGAAUCAACCGGCCAAACUUUUGGAUGAAGCAGCUCGGCGAAUCGCGACCGGUGAGAACAAAGUCGCCGUGUUGACUGGUGCGGAAGCCCUAGCUUCCUGUAAGAAGUCCUUCCGUUUCGUAGUUCACAUACAUUAUACUGAUGAAAUAGUGGCCGCCUGUGUAAAACAGGGCAAGGUUCCACCUUCUGGAUGGACCACGCCUGCAGAGUCGGUGAAGAGUGUUUUCUCGCCCACUACCAGGGAAUUGAAAAAAGAAGAUAUCGGUGGUUUGCACUCUGUGGGCGCACCGAUCCAUAUCUAUCCGUUAUACGAGAACGGGUUCCGGGCUCAUCGUGGCCAGUCGAUCAAGGACAAUCAUGAAGAGUCGACCGCUCUUUAUGCCGACUUCAGUAAGGUCGCGGCUUCCAACCCUUAUUCAUGGAACCAUGGCAACGGCACCGAAACGGCGCAGUCGAUUGGAACGGUAUCCAAGAAGAAUCGCAUGAUUUGCUUCCCAUAUCCCCUUCUGAUGAACGCCUUCAACACGGUAAACCUGGGGGCAGCUUGUAUAUUGACCUCGACGGAAUUUGCAAAGCAGCUGCAGGUUCCGCGCGAGAAAUGGAUCUACCCACUUGGCGGUGCUGGAUUCAAAGAGCGUGACUUAUUUUGGGAACGCCCUAAUUUCUUCGAAAGCUCGGCCAUUUCGAAUUCACUCGAUCAGUGUCUUGGUGCCAGCGAGCUCACCGGGAAUGAGAUUGAUGUCUAUGAUUUCUACUCGUGUUUCCCAAUUGUGCCCAAGCUUGCCUGCCACCACCUCGGUAUUUCAAUCACCGAGCCAAAGAAACCUAUUACGGUCCUUGGUGGCCUCACUUCCUUUGGAGGCGCUGGAAACAACUAUUCGAUGCAUGCAAUCACCGAGAUGGUGCGCCGCCUACGUCAAGGAGCCGGACACAACGGUCUGAUACUGGCUAACGGCGGAUUCUUAUCCUACCAACAUGCGAUCUGCAUUUCAACCCAGCCUCGGAAAACCCCCGAUUCUUAUCCGGACAGCAGGGCGCUACACUCUGGGCCAGCGGAUCCCAUUCCUCCUAUAGACUCAGAGGCAGAAGGCGAAGCGAAAAUUGAGACCUACACGGUUGAAUUCAAUCGAGAUGGCAGCCCGGAGCAAGCGUACAUUGUAGGACGCUUGACGGGGAGCAACCAUCGCUUUUUGGCAAAUCAUGGAGAUCAAAUUACUUUGAAACGACUUGCAUCGAGUUCCGAAGAGCCGAUCGGCAAGGUUGGCACCGUGGUGCCUGAUCCAACAGGGGAAAAGGGGCAAAGAAGAAACCUGUUCUAUCUGAACGAUAACUCGAGGCUGUAG